AUGAUUAUUAAUUUGAACUGGUUUGUGUGCUUCCCGGUUGUACUGUUACACCACUGGAUGGAGACAACAUUAUCCUUGAAUCUUGAAGAUCCAAAUGUGUGUAGCCACUGGGAGAGUUAUUCAGUUACAGUUCAAGAAUCAUAUCCACAUCCUUUUGAUCAAAUUUACUACACCAGCUGUACUGACAUACUGAACUGGUUUAAAUGCACACGACACAGAAUCAGUUACCGUACUGCCUACAGGCAUGGAGAAAAAACAAUGUACAGACGGAAAUCUCAGUGCUGUCCUGGAUUUUAUGAAAGCAGGGAAAUGUGUGUCCCUCACUGUGCUGAUAAAUGUGUCCAUGGUCGUUGUAUUGCUCCAAACACCUGUCAGUGUGAGCCUGGCUGGGGGGGACCCAAUUGCUCUAGUGCAUGUGAUAGUGACCACUGGGGACCCCACUGCAGUAGUCGCUGCCAGUGCAAAAAUGGAGCCUUAUGUAAUCCCAUCACUGGAGCCUGCCACUGUGCUUCUGGUUUCAAGGGCUGGCGCUGUGAGGAACGCUGUGACCAGGGAACAUAUGGAAAUGAUUGCCACCAAAAAUGUCAGUGUCAAAAUGGAGCCACCUGUGAUCAUGUGACUGGAGAAUGCAGAUGCCCUCCUGGAUAUACUGGUGCUUUCUGUGAGGAUCUUUGUCCCCCCGGCAAACAUGGGCCACAGUGUGAAGAAAGAUGUCCAUGCCAGAAUGGAGGAGUGUGUCACCAUGUGACUGGGGAAUGUGCCUGCCCACCUGGAUGGAUGGGCACAGUCUGUGGUCAGCCUUGUCCAGAGGGUCGUUAUGGAAAGAACUGCUCCCAGGAGUGUCAAUGCCACAAUGGAGGGACAUGUGACUCAGCAACAGGGCAAUGUCACUGCAGUCCAGGUUACACAGGGGAACGAUGCCAGGAUGAAUGUCCAGUGGGGACUUAUGGAGUGCAAUGUGCAAAGACCUGUCAGUGCAUGAAUGGAGGGAAAUGCUAUCAUAUUAGUGGUGCGUGUCUCUGUGAUCCAGGAUAUACGGGAGAACACUGUGAAACAAGGCUUUGUUCUGAGGGAGUCUAUGGUCUCAAGUGUGACAAAAAAUGCCCCUGUCACUUGCAGAACACUCGCAGCUGUCACCCUAUGUCUGGAGAAUGCUCCUGCAAGCCAGGCUGGUCUGGACUCUACUGUAAUGAGACAUGUUCUCCUGGAUUCUAUGGUGAAUCUUGUCAACAGAUCUGCAGCUGCCAAAAUGGUGCUGACUGUGAUAGUGUGACUGGAAAAUGCAUCUGUGCCCCUGGAUUUAAGGAUUCUGAUUGUGCUACUCCUUGCCCUCCGGGAACCUAUGGAGUAAACUGUUCCUCUGUGUGCAACUGCAAAAAUCAAGCCAUCUGUUCUCCGGUGGAUGGUUCUUGUACCUGCAAAGCAGGUUGGCAUGGUGUGGAUUGUUCAAUAAACUGUCCCAGUGGCACAUGGGGUCUUGGUUGUAAUUUAACUUGCCAGUGCCUUAAUGGAGGGGCUUGCAAUGCUUUGGAUGGAACCUGUACCUGUGCUCCAGGUUGGAGAGGGGAAAAGUGUGAACUCACUUGCCAGGAUGGCACAUAUGGAAUGGACUGUGCUGAACGCUGUGAUUGCAGCCAUGCAGAUGGCUGUCAUCCAACCACUGGUUACUGUCGCUGUCUCCCUGGAUGGUCAGGUAUACAUUGUGACAGCGUGUGUGCCGAGGGUCAAUGGGGUCCAAACUGUUCAUUGUCCUGUUACUGCAAAAAUGGAGCUUCGUGCUCUCCAGAUGAUGGAAUCUGUGAAUGUGCACCAGGAUACAGAGGCACCACUUGUCAAAGAAUUUGCUCUCCUGGGUUUUAUGGACAUCGUUGUAGCCAGGCAUGCCCCCAGUGCGUGCACAGCAGUGGUCCCUGCCAUCAUGUAACUGGACUUUGUGACUGCUUACCUGGUUUCACAGGAGCCCUCUGCAAUGAAGUGUGUCCUAGUGGGAGAUUUGGCAAGAAUUGUGCUGGAAUUUGCACGUGCACCAACAAUGGAACAUGCAAUCCUAUUGACAGAUCUUGUCAAUGUUACCCUGGGUGGAUUGGCAGUGACUGCUCUCAGCCUUGCCCACCUGUCCAUUGGGGUCCAAACUGUAUUCACACCUGCAAUUGCCAUAAUGGAGCUUACUGCAGUGCCUAUGAUGGGGAGUGCAAAUGUACUCCAGGAUGGACUGGCCUUUAUUGUACCCAGAGAUGUCCCUUGGGGUUUUAUGGCAAAGAUUGUGCAUUAAUAUGCCAGUGUCAGAAUGGAGCUGAUUGUGACCACAUAUUGGGGCAGUGCACCUGCCGCACAGGAUUCAUGGGGAAACACUGUGAACAGAAGUGUCCCCCAGGUACAUACGGUUAUGGCUGCCGGCAAAUAUGUGACUGUCUCAACAAUUCAACUUGUGACCACAUCACAGGAACUUGUUAUUGCAGCCCAGGCUGGAAAGGAGCAAGGUGUGAUCAAGCUGGUGUGAUCAUAGUAGGAAACUUGAACAGUUUAAGCCGUACCAGUACUGCUAUCCCUGCUGAUUCCUACCAGAUUGGGGCUAUCGCAGGAAUCAUUAUUCUUGUCCUGGUUGUCCUCUUCUUGCUUGCACUAUUCAUUAUUUAUAGACACAAGCAGAAGGGGAAAGAAACAAAUAUGCCAGCAGUUACCUAUACACCCGCUAUGAGGGUCAUCAAUGCAGAUUACACCAUUUCAGAAACCAUUCCUCAUACUAAUGGUGGGAAUGCCAAUAGCCACUACUUCUCCAACCCUAGCUAUCACACCCUAACACAGUGCACAACCCCACCUCAUGUCAACAACAUGGACAGAAUGACCCUUGCUAAGUCAAAAAACAAUCAGCUGUUUGUGAAUCUUAAGAAUGUGGAUCAUGGAAAACGGGGUGCAGUCCUGGACUAUACGGGAACACUGCCUGCAGACUGGAAACAUGGAGGCUACCUCAAUGAGCUUGGUGCUUUUGGGCUUGACAGAGGAUAUAUGGGAAAAUCCCUGAAAGAUUUAAUGAAGAACUCAGAAUACAAUUUAAGCAACUGCUCAUUAAGUAGCUCUGAAAAUCCAUAUGCUACUAUUAAAGAUCCACCAGCACUUUUGCCAAAAAACUCAGAAUGUGGAUAUGUUGAAAUGAAGUCACCGGCACGCAGGGACUCCCCAUAUGCAGAGAUCAGCAACUCUGCUUCAGCCAACAAGAAUGUCUAUGAAGUUGAACCUACCGUGAGUGUUGUCCAGGGCGCAUUCAGUAACAGUGGACCUUUCAGCCAAGAUCCUUAUGAUCUUCCAAAAAACAGUCAUAUUCCAUGCCAUUAUGACUUGCUACCAGUACGAGAUAGUCCAACGUCCUCUGAGAAAGAGGUCAGCAGUGAAUGA